GGUAUGCAUUUCGUGUUAGUCGAUAGCAGCAUCAUUUUGACUCCUGAGUUUCUUCGUUCAUCAUCAGCUUCUGUCUCACUCUGAAAAGAAAGAAAGGUCUUGUGAAUUCUCCAAAACAAACCAGAUCUACAAGCAAUCAAUCCACGUAUUAAAACUAGAACUGUAUGUAAUCCUAGAAAACGAAUUGAGAAUUGAGUAGAGAGGGAGAGAGAUGUCGAGAGGUGGAGGAGUUGGGAUUACAAACGCAGUAAACGUUGGAAUAGCAGUUCAAGCAGACUGGGAGAAUCGUGAAUUCAUUUCUAAUAUCUCAAUCAAUGUUCGUCGUCUCUUCGAUUUCCUCAUCAAUUUUGAGGCAACGACAAAAAGCAAGCUAGCCUCCUUGAAUGAGAAGCUCGAUACCCUGGAGCGGCGUCUGGAACUUCUGGAAGUCCAAGUUGGCACAGCAUCAGCCAACCCAUCUCUUUUUACAUGAUGUAAUUCAUGACAAUGCAAUUCACUAUUUGUAAAAAAGAACGGAGCAUAAAUACAUGAGUAUCCCUUCAAUUUGUACACUGCGCUUUCUGUAUCCAAGUUUUAAUAUUCUUAUCAAAUUUUCUUUGGGGAUU